AAAUUGGAAUUCCACACCCAUACUGGCACCGCACUAUUUCCAGCACAAUUCUCCCUCAACUAUGAAUUUGUCGAUACCGAGCAGGGCGGUGAACCAUGGCCGGGACGACGUGGAGAAGAGCCAGUACCACCAUUGUGUUCAAGAGUAUUUCGCAAACGUAAGGGUAACAUUCAAGUACCGCGCAAUGUGUUCCUUUACGGACGGGGAGGUGCGAAAAAUCUUACAUGUUUAUAUCGUUUCGAAGCUGGCCCAUCGGAAAGAGUACGUCUCGUUUUACACAAUGUAUCCUUUGGUGAGGGUACAACAUGUACCACCGACAACGAUUUACAUACCGGACGACCAAAAUGUAAUCAAUUGGAUCCGGAUGGACGUAUUACCGAACUGAAGCUAUACGAUGUACCCUUUCGGGAUGUUAAAAUACAAAUGGGUUGUUUUUGUGAUAAUUCAUCAGCAUUAUACAAUAAUGCUCCGUUGACAUUCAUUUCGAAUUCAAGAAUAAUGGAGCUGACAUUUACCGUUACAAGAUUAAAUAUUUCCGAAGAUUUUGCCGAUGUCAAUUUCUUUGCUUCGUAUGAAUUUAAACGUGUCAGUGAUUGUCGUAAACGUCUGAAAUUGAAGGGUGCCGGUGGUGAAGAUGAAAUUAAGUAUCCCAUGAAGUCACAAGAUUCUAGCUGUGAAGGUCUAUCGUGGUAUAUUGAGGCACAAUCGUUAGAUAAAUCGUUGUUUGUACAAACAUGGGGCUCUUAUCUGCCUGUUGAUCCCACCUCAGAAGAUGCUAUGCGCUGCCAUACGAAAAAUCGUCUUAUGAUUUAUUCGGGACGUCCGUUGAAACCGAUGCGGGUGGUGUGUCCGGCACAAAGUGGACCACGACCGACAUCGCUGCACAUAUUCUCAGAGGAUUGGAUGAAUGGCCAGCCGUUGUUCAGUAACAAGCCGGUUAGUUUGGUAUUGGAGCCCAUAUUAAAGGAACCCGGAGAUAUUGCCUUCACAUGGCUGGAGAUUUAUCGUACGAAAAAUGCAUUAUUACAACAAUUUGAUUUGCAAAGCAAUACAACAACCACCAGUACAGUGGGUGGUGGUGCAGGAGGUACCGGCACGAGUAGUAGUGGUGGUGGCGGUGGUGUGAUUACCACAACCGGCACCAGUGGCAACGAUACGCUAAGUGAUUUUGGAUUCUAUCCAAAAGAGUCAGACUGUGAAUAUAAAUGUCCUGAAAUUGAUGCAUGUAUAUCUGCCACAUUGUGGUGUGAUG